AUUUAGUUAGUGGGAGCGGCACAGUGGCCAGGCUACCAAACCCUCCUGUUCGCCGGCGGAGAGGCAUUCUCAGCGGGGGAACCGUCAGCGCGGACGCCGGAAAUUUCCCAACCGAGUUGCUUUGAAGCGAAAAGAGUCACAAACCGCAGCAGCCCGGUUACACACUUUUUUUUUUUAUUUUGCCCCGUACUUCCGUUUUUGAAGUUAAAACAGGGCGCUACUCCGGGUCUUGUUGAGAUGGUAGAUUACCACGCAGCAAAUAAUCAAAACCAGCAGUAUCCAUCCGGCGGAACAUACAUGGAGCAGGAAAAUGACUGGGACCGGGACCUGCUUCUGGAUCCGGCCUGGGAAAAGCAGCAGAGGAAGACGUUCACAGCCUGGUGCAACUCGCACCUGAGGAAAGCGGGGACACAGAUCGAGAACAUCGAGGAGGACUUCAGGGAUGGCCUCAAACUCAUGCUGCUCCUGGAGGUCAUCUCAGGUGAGCGGUUACCCAAGCCAGAGCGAGGCAAGAUGAGGGUCCACAAGAUCAACAACGUCAACAAAGCCCUGGACUUCAUCGCCAGCAAGGGAGUGAAGCUGGUGUCCAUCGGCGCUGAGGAAAUUGUGGACGGCAAUAUCAAGAUGACCCUGGGAAUGAUUUGGACCAUCAUCCUGCGCUUCGCAAUCCAGGACAUCUCCGUGGAGGAGACUUCUGCGAAGGAGGGCCUCUUGCUGUGGUGCCAGAGGAAAACUGCACCCUACAAGAACGUCAACGUGCAGAACUUCCACAUCAGCUGGAAGGAUGGCCUGGCCUUCAAUGCCCUGAUCCACAGACACCGACCCGACUUGAUAGACUAUGAGAAGCUGAGGAAGGAUGAUCCAGUGACGAAUCUAAACAACGCUUUUGAAGUGGCUGAGAAGUACCUGGACAUUCCCAAGAUGCUGGACGCAGAAGACAUUGUCAACACUGCCCGUCCGGAUGAGAAAGCCAUAAUGACCUAUGUGUCCAGUUUCUACCAUGCCUUCUCUGGAGCUCAGAAGGCCGAGACAGCUGCCAAUCGAAUCUGCAAGGUGCUGGCAGUCAACCAAGAGAAUGAGCAUCUCAUGGAGGAUUACGAGAAACUGGCCAGUGACCUCCUGGAGUGGAUCCGUCGCACCGUCCCCUGGUUGGAGAACCGCACCCCAGAGAAGACCAUGCAUGAGAUGCAGCAGAAGUUGGAGGAUUUCCGAGACUACCGGCGUGUUCACAAGCCGCCCAAGGUGCAGGAGAAGUGUCAGCUGGAGAUCAACUUCAACACCCUGCAGACCAAGCUGAGGCUGAACAACCGACCCGCCUUCAUGCCCUCCGAGGGCCGCAUGGUCUCGGACAUCAAUAGCGCAUGGCAACACCUGGAAGGGGCGGAGAAAGGCUACGAGGAGUGGCUCUUGAAUGAGAUCCGUCGCCUGGAGAGACUGGACCACCUGGCCGAAAAGUUCCGGCAGAAAGCCACCAUCCACGAGGGCUGGACCGCAGGAAAAGAAUCCAUGCUGACACAGAAGGACUACGAGACCGCCUCCCUGUCGGAGGUCAAGGCCCUGCUGAAGAAGCACGAGGCUUUCGAAAGCGACUUGGCUGCCCACCAGGACCGCGUGGAGCAGAUCGCCGCCAUCGCCCAGGAGCUUAAUGAACUGGACUACUAUGAUUCCCCGAAUGUGAACGCUCGCUGCCAGAAGAUCUGUGAGCAGUGGGACUCCCUGGGCUCUCUGACUCAGAGCCGCAGGGAGUCGCUGGAGAGGACUGAGAAGCAGUUGGAGUCCAUCGACGAGUUGUACCUGGAGUACGCCAAGAGGGCGGCGCCAUUCAACAACUGGAUGGAGGGCGCCAUGGAGGACCUGCAGGACAUGUUCAUUGUGCACAACAUUGAGGAGAUCCAGGGUCUCAUCACAGCCCAUGAGCAGUUCAAGUCCACCCUCCCAGAAGCAAACAAGGAGCGAGAAGCCAUCCAGGCCAUCCAGAAGGAGGUGCAGAACAUUGCCCAGUAUAACGGCAUCAAACUGAGUGGAAGCAACCCCUACACCAGCAUUACUCCGGAGAGCAUCGACAGCAAGUGGGAUAAGGUCCGACAGCUGGUACCUCAGCGCGACCAGGCGCUGCAGGAGGAGCUGGAACGGCAGCAGUCCAACGACCACCUCCGGCGCCAGUUCGCCAACCAGGCCAACAUUGUGGGGCCUUGGAUACAAAACAAGAUGGAGGAGAUCGGGCGGAUAUCCAUUGAGAUGAACGGGACUCUGGAGGACCAGCUGACUCACCUGAGGCAGUAUGAGCAGAGUAUUAUCGAGUACAAGCCCAACAUUGAUCAGCUGGAGAGUAAUCACGAGCUGAUCCAGGAGGCCCUCAUCUUUGACAACAAAUACACCACCUACACCAUGGAGCACCUGCGCGUGGGCUGGGAGCAGCUUCUCACCACCAUCGCCCGCACCAUCAACGAGAUCGAGAACCAGAUUCUCACCCGGGACGCCAAGGGCAUCAGCCAGGAACAGCUGCACGAGUACCGGGCUUCCUUCAACCACUUCGACAAGGAUCACAGUGGUACUCUGGUAGCGGAGGAGUUCAAGGCCUGUCUGAUCAGCCUGGGGUACGACGUGGAUAAUGACAAGCAGAAGCGCACAGGGAUGAUGGACAGCGAUGAUUUCCGCGCUCUGCUCAUUUCCACGGGAAACAGCCUGGGGGAUGCCGAGUUUGCACGCAUCAUGGGCAUCGUGGACCCCAACAACAGUGGGGCUGUGACGUUCCAGGCCUUCAUUGACUUCAUGUCCCGGGAGACCACAGACACGGACACGGCCGACCAGGUCAUCGCCUCCUUCAAGAUCCUGGCAGGAGACAAGAACUACAUCACAGCAGAAGAGCUGCGGCGAGAGCUGCCCCACGACCAGGCGGACUACUGCAUCGCUCGCAUGGUCCCCUACAGCGGCCCCGACGCCAUUCCGGGGGCCCUCGACUACAUGUCCUUCUCCACCGCCCUGUAUGGCGAGAGUGACCUCUGAGGAUAGAGAGAGAGGCGAGGGUCGGGGGGGGGGGUCAGCGAGAGAGACAGCGGGGAAGAUACAGGCUUACUGGGUCGGAGCGAUCGGGAUUGCAUUACACGGAGCGUUACAUCCUAUCUGGGUUCAGAUGUGUAGGUUUCAGGGAGCAGAACCUGCCAUACCCCCCACCUCUGGGAGGGGGCGGGGUGACUCUUCUUUCUGAUUCCCACCAAAAUGUUUUUUUUUUUUUUUCUUUUAACCCCCAAAGGUAGAUUGGGUUGGAGGCCAGAGAGAGGGGUGAGAUUUAUUGAAGUAUACAUAAUGUAUUGCACAGAGAAUGGAGGAGAGCUUGAACAGAAAAAAUAUCCUUAUUCUCUUUAACCAUUUUGCUGGGUAAGCGGAGCUUGGAAAUCUAUAACCUACUUUCAUACUAUCUCCAGCAAAUAUGACUUUAAUGGGUUCAGUGCUGUACAUACUUAUUUUCCAGUAUACAAAAAAAAUGCUUAUAGGGCUUCGGAAUGAACAUGUAGUUGUGAAAGGUUUCACAAAACCCCAGUACUGUAGAUAGGUUUGAAUUCCCAUCCCAAAGAAUCACCAUUGGACCUUUUCUAGUCAUUCAGUGCAUUUAAACAUGCUGUACAAUGUUAUUUCCAGCAUUGGGCUUAUUUUAAGAUGUAACGGAAUAAAUUGUGAAAAUUGGGGGGUGGGGGGUACUUUUCUGUAGCUACAGAUCCUCUGUCUUUGUCACCCCCUCUUUCUUCAGCUCCAUUUCUCUGUGGCAAAAGGGACCCAGCACUGGGUGCGAGGGCCAGGGGUGUGAACGACUUUUUCUAUACAUUCCAUUAUGUAUUAAUAUUAUGGAAAUUACCGUUUUCAAUCUAUGCAAUCAGUUUUUAGUUCGUAAUCUAUAUUCUGUAUCACUUAAGUUCAUGUAAACUGAGGGAAGGCAAAUGUCUGCUUAGACAGUCGAGCAGACGGAAUACCAGAGAUUGAUUCCUACGAUAUUUUGUAAAACGGUGAUGCUGGGUGAGGGUAUGUUCCUGUUGGGGGGGGAGGGGCGGGGGGCGGCUCUGGGCAUUAACUGAAAUGUCUUGGACCAAAAGCUUAAUAUUUUUUUGUUUGGAUUUUUUUUUUCUUUUUCUUCAAUAUCAAACCUUAUCUGCUGUACUGGAAAAUGCAACAGCAUCUCAAAUGUGGAAUAUGUGCACACAUAAAAUUACCUUCAAAUAUUA